UAGGAGGUAUGGGGAGCCCACAAAGGCUCCUCUUUGUUUGUCCUUAAUACCUUGCUUCUGUGUUUCUCGGGAAUGCCACUGGGCUCAUGCAUCUGGUCUCUGGGAGCUGCGGUGGAUGGGCAUUUGUGACAGCACUAUGGGACUGAGUAACACUCUCUUUGUGAUGGCCUUCCUGCUUUCUGUCUCCGCCUUUCCUUUUUUAGGUGCUGCUUCCAUAAAGAGCCAGGCAUAUUUCAAUGAGACUGGACACCUGCCAUGCCACUUUCCAAACUCUCAAAACAUAAGCCUGGAUGAGCUGGUACUAUUUUGGCAGAACCAGGAUAAGAUGGUUCUGUAUGAGCUAUAUUUAGGCAAAGAGAACCCUGACAAUGUUCAUGCCGAGUAUAAGGGCCGCACAAGCUUUGACCAGGACAGUUGGACCCUGAGACUCCACAAUGUUCAGAUCAAGGACAAAGGCUUGUAUCAGUGUUUCAUCCAUCAUAAAGGGCCCAAAGGACUGGUUCCCGCCUACCAGAUGAGUUCUGAGCUAUCAGUGCUUGCUAACUUCAGUCAACCUGAAAUACUGCUAAUUUCUAAUAGAACAGAAAAUUCUGACAUCAUAAAUUUGACCUGCUCAUCUACACAAGGUUACCCAGAACCUAAGAAGAUGUAUUUUUUGCUAGAAACUGAGAAUUCAACUACUAAGUAUGAUGCUGUCAUGAAUAAAUCUCAAAAUAAUGUCACGGAACUAUACAACGUUUCUAUCAGCUUGUCUUUUUCAGUCCCUUCCGAAACAAACAAUGUGAGCAUCUUCUGUGUCCUGCAGCCUGAGCCAAUGGAGACAGAGCUUCUCUCCCCACCUUACAAUAUAGGUGCAAAGCCACGUGAGACACCCCUGCCUGACAAAGACCACACCGUCUGGAUUGCAGGUCUACUUCUAACAUUGGUCAUUGUGUGUGUGAUGCUGUUGUUUCUAACCCGAAGGAAAUGGAAGAAGAGGCAGCCUGGCCGCUCUCGUGAGUGUGAAACCAUGAGAGUGGAGGAGAAAGAGAGUGAACAGACUGAGGAAAGAGUAGAAAAUCGUGAAAUAUCCGAUGAAGCCCGGCGUGUUGUUAACAUUUCGAAGACAGCCUCAGGCGACUAAAGUGUUACACGUUUUUAAUUAAAGAGUAAACUCCAUAUGACUAUC